AUGACCUUUGACGUAAAGACAUCAGUGCUUAGCCGAGUAGAUGGGUCAGCCGAGUUGUUUACAGGUACAACUAAAGUAAUAACAUCCGUGACAGGGCCUAUAGAACCAAAAAUAAGACAAGAAUUACCAAAUUUGGCUAGUUUAGAAAUUAUAGUUAGGCCAUCGGUUGGUGUCUCAACAACAAGAGAAAAAGCAUUAGAAGACAAAUUGAGAUCAAUUUUACAGUCGAUCAUUAUAAGGUAUAAAUAUCCAAGACAACUAAUUCAAAUAGUAGUACAAUUUUUGAUAACAGAGAAUAAUAUUAAUGAUAACGGCUCCAAUCAACAUAAUAAAGAUUUCACCCUGACUGAGCUUAAUGCCGCCAUAAAUUGUUGUUAUUUUGCCUUGAUAGAUGCUAAUAUAGCGUUAUACAAUUCAUUUUCGUCAACAUCGAUAUCCAUACCAUCGGAUGCGAAGAAGGAGGAAUAUCACAUUAACCCUAAUAUGGACAAAUUGAUAGAUUCCGAGUCACAUCAUGUUAUAUGCUUUUCGCUUAAGGAUGGUAAUGCAGCAAAUUUGUUGUUGCUAGAAUCGCAUGGUAAGUUUACAGAAGAUCAGCUACUACUUGUUAUUAGCAAAGCUGGUAGUGAAUGUGAGACGAUCCAUAAUACUUACCAAAGAAAAUACAUUGCAAAUAAAGUAGAGAAUGAUUUUAUUUGGAAGUCAUAA